AUGGCUAAACCACCAGAUAUACAUGUUCCGUUGCACGACAAUGAUUUACGCGGAAGAGGCAGAGAAUACUCCGCACACACUCCGUACAUCUCGCAGUCACAUGAUCCCCCUAUGCCAGUGCUGCCGGAUCAUCUGCUGAUCCUUAGCCUGUACGGGAAGACAGUGGACGACGUUCUCGAUGCCACUCUGACUGUAGAUGAGCUCGACAGCCUCGAGCAAUGGGAUAUGCCCAGUGGGGCUAGUGCCUCUGGCAGUGCUUCUGACAGUGCUACAGGGUCUGGUUCAGGGUCUGGCAGUUCCUCGGGGAGUACUUCUGGUAGAUCCCAAAGUGACAAGAAUGAAGAAGAUUCUUAUAAGAAUCUGUGGUCACCAAGAAUGUUCCAACCAGGAUUGAUCCGCAAGAACGCUAACGACAUGGACUUCGACACGCCGGGGCUUGGUAUCUCCCACUCUAGAACGCCUAGUGCGUCUCAGAGUCAUACAAGUCAGACACAUACGAAUCAGACGCAAACCCUGGUCCAGACGCCUUCAUCAAGCUCAAAUUCGCACUCUAGGAAGUCCUCUAACCCCAAUCCACAGACACCAAUGGCUCGCAAGACUUCCCUGGACGACAAGGAUAAGCGGAUUGCUAGGUCGCUCUCGAGGAAGUCCAAAGUGUUCCUCGGCAACUUGUCAUUCAAGAAGCCCUCCAAGACUACCGAGUCCGAUACGCACUCUGGCUGGGGUGUGGCCUCUGCACAGACUACCGAACCUCGGUUGGAGAGUCCUCGACUGGGAGGCGCCACCCCGAAUCUGACACCGAAGGCAUCCGAUAGGAGAGGCAAGAGUGACAGCUUGAUCUUUGCGCAGCAAGCGUCUCCUAGAGUUGGUUCUUCCCCUGUGGGCCGACGCAACGGAAGCGUCACAAAUACGCCUACAGUUGGUUCCAGGAAAGACAGCAUUGGUUUUAGUGCGAACACAACGCCUUCCAUCGGUAUGGCCUUUAAUGUCACUCAGCCGCUGACACUGGAGGAGCCAAGACCGCAUGUAGACGUGUUGGGACACAGAUCAUCCAACAGUCUCGGAAGUGCCAAUCUGGGAACCCAUAAUAGCAGCACAAUUGCGGCAUCGAUGUAUAGAACACCGCCUUUGACACAUCACGAUACCUUCGAUAAAGUUACAAGUCCUUCUACAACACUAGGGAACUCUGCAAGUGUUUUAUCCAAGAGAACCAACAGCUACACCAACCUAGAGGGCAGGAAAAGGAUGGGUUCCGGCGACGCUGCGCUGAUGGUUGACAGCAAUGGGGUAAACGAUGAGCUGUUUGAUAGUGAAUUAAAACUUAGAAAACUGCGGCUUGAGAUCAGAGAACUGACCUUGUCCAAGAAACAUCUGGUUGAUGAAAUCGAGCAUUUGACCGUUACCAGGGAAAACUUGUUGCAAGAAGUGGAAAGUCUAAAGCACGAUAAAGAGAAGUCCUCGUUGUCAUCCUUCGAGAUAUUCGAUUCACAUCAAGGUGAGACCAACUCUCAAACCAGCCGAAAAAGCAGUAACAGUGCUAACAAGCUCUUGGCAGAAGUUCGAACCGAACCGAAACCGAAAUUCUGGAGGAUAUUUGGAAGUAACCGGAGCGGUGGGUCAAGUGAAGACUCUUAUGUGAUUCCAUGUGAAUCAACACCAGCGCCAAACGUCAGCUUGACUAGUGUCUGUGAAAGAGAUGGCACUGAGAUCCCAUUGGUGAUUAAAGUCUGUAUCACAUAUCUAGAGGUCGAUGAGGAUCUGUUAAAAGCGGAAGGUCUAUACAGAAAAUCGGCUUCUAAUGGACUAGUAGAAUCUAUUGAAAGAGAGAUUGUGAAGCUAUGUGACUCUCUCGAGGUGACAGACACAGAUGGUAUCAUUGAGUGUCUGCGAGAUACAGAGCUUCUGUCUUUAAUGCAAAGAGACGAAAAUGCAGUGGCCAGUGUGCUGAAAAGGUAUCUACGGAGCUUUUCUGAGCCUGUAUUUACAUAUGAAGUGUACGAUCCGCUGAUCAAUUUGGUUAAGAAAGAUGAUCUGAUCAACACUUUACCCUUGCUAAACGGCAAACCAAAGGACAAGUUUGAAAAUGAAGAAGAGGAAGAGAACAUGGGUAAAUUGUUUAGAACCACCCUGGGUAGUGUUAUCCGGAUUUUGCAACUACUACCGGAGGCACAUUAUGAGACAUUGAAAGUACUGUGUGGGCAUAUCUGUCUGGUGAGCCACUACAGUGAUACAAACUUGAUGAACUUACAUAACCUAGCGAUCGUGUUCAGUCCCGGUUUGUUACAUGAUCAACAUGGGGACAAAGAUUUGUCAGACAUGAGGGAACGUUACUACAUUGUGGAGUUUAUACUUGGACAUCGCAAGGAAAUAUUCGACUAG